CGCGAAAUUCUACUGAAGCGGGCUGGUUGACCUUCCACAUGUUUAUACUACUAAUAAUAACGUUAGCCACAACAUGAAUGACGUCCAAAAGAAAGCUAAAAAGAAGCCUUUGCUUUUUAUCAAAAACCGCCAUCAUGUCCUCUAUGCUAUGGAUAUACAGCAAAUGCUUGGAUUGAUCAUGUUUCCUCAGCAUUUUAUAAAAUGGCCUGAUUGGUGUUCAAUUAUCAAACCUGCAUUGAUCAAGAAUGUUGUCUUGAUAUUUGUCAGUCGAAUACCUGCUGUGAAUGCGGAUGGAAAGUAUGCAGAUGACUUCUUUACAAUGUUUGGAGAGCCAUUAAGCGUAUUGAGUCCAGAAGCAUACAAGUAUACAUGGGAUAAAGAAAUUGCUACUGUUCCACGUAGUUUUCUCACUGCUCAUGCUAUAACAAUGGCAGAUACCAAAAAAUCAAUUCUAACUCAUGCACCACGUCGUAGAUGGAUUGAUGAUGCAAAUAAAAUUGAAAAGAAUCACGUCAUUAAAGCAGUCUAUGCAAUCACUAAGGAAAAACCGUCUUCUUCUUCUGAUGUUAUCAUUCCUGAGUCGACAGAAUCGACUACUGCUUCAAGAAAGCGUAAAGCAGACAGCUCAUACUUCCCUUUGCCAUCAUCGGGUACACCAGAUGCCUAUGAUAGAACACUGCUUCUCUUAAAUGUGGAACAAAUGAAAAAAGAAAAAAUUCCGCUACCUGCAGAAUUAGAAAUUCCACGCAAACAACAAAGAGAUCGUUCAGAUUUUCUGCCAAGUAAAUCUGUCUAUCUACCGGUAUCAUCAAAAAGUCCAAUGUUUGCUGUCGAUUGUGAAAUGGUAAUCACUUCAGAUGGAAGUGAAUUGGCUCGUGUAACAUUAGUCGAUGAAAUUGGCAAAGUUGUAUUCGAUCGUCUAGUGAAACCACCAAAUCCUGUUGAAGAUUAUUUAACUAGAUUUAGUGGUAUUACCAGAGAUAUGCUUGCAUCGAUCGACACAACACUGGCAGAUGUACAACGAGAGUUGGAUGAAGUUCUACCAGGUGAUGCUAUUCUAGUUGGUCAUUCAAUUGGAAAUGAUUUAGAAGCAAUGAAAAUCUUUCAUCCUUACUUGAUUGAUACAAGUGUUGUGUAUAAUGUGAAAGGCAAUCGAGCAGGUAAAGCACGUCUUCGCUUUCUUACUGAACAUUUUCUUGGCCGAAUGAUUCAAACUGGUAAAGGUGGGCAUUCAUCAGCUGAAGAUGCAAUUGCAACAAUGGAUCUUGUACGAUUAAAAUUGAGUCAAGGUCUCGAAUUCGGUGAUGUGACAACAUCUUGGCGUUUUCCAGAGGAUUAUAAUUCACAUGUAGUUAUUAAGUCUGCAAGAGUCAAUCCACCUAACAACGACAGUAGCAAUGAUAAUAAUAAUAAUCCUAACAAAAGAUACAUUCGUGGUAGACUUAACGCAACCACCCCCACCAACACCAAAGGUACUGUUAACCACCAAGACAUUGAUGAUAAUAUGAAAAUUCUUACAGAACAGCAUUGUCUAAAAGUCCAUCAUGUAUUUCAUGAUCGUGUAUUAAAAUUAUGCUCAUUGUAUGAAUCAUCAUCAUCUGAUGGUGGUGGUGGUGGGCCGUUCCACUUUUUCAAUCGUCUACUACACGAUUCUGGUAUGACUUAUGCAUAUUGGCCUGUAUAUAAUAAUGAUAAUGAUGAAAAUGUGAAUAGAAAUGGAGAAGUUGGCGAAGACGAAGACAAGGUAGACGAAGGUGGAGAAGUUGGCGAACAACGGGAAGAACUAACUCAUGGACUAGUAGUCAAUCUGGAGGAACAUGAUACAUUAACAACAAAGUCUGGUAAUUGUAAUUCCAUAGAUACUACUAAUGGUACUACUCAACCUCCUCCUUCAUCAUCUUCUACUACCGAUCAAAAUUCGUCAACAGUGAAUACAAUUUCUACAGAAUUUUUAAACUAUAUUCUUGAUUUGUGUAAUUCAAAACGACUUGUCAUUGUACAGGCGAAUUGUCCCCCUGAAUGGAAUGAAUCUAAAUGCUCUCGUAAAGUAACCAAAUUCUGUACCAAAUUGUACUCCAAUCUCUCGGAGAAUUGUUUAAUCGGUUUAAUGUGUACAGGUUGUGAUGUUGGUAAAGUUGUCAAAAAGUGCCAUAAGACAACAGAAACAACAACAGCGAAAACAACUAAAAAGCCGUCCAAUUCCAAGAUAUCAAAAUCAGCACUGUGCAGUUUCUAUUUGACGUUGACUUCUUCAACAUCGUCUGAGACAAUUGUGCAAAAUGGUGACAAUGGUGUCGACGAUGCUGGUGAAGAGGUCAAUGAGAUGUAUUCAUAAUUUGAGCUGUAAUUGCUGUUCUCUCUUUGCUACUACCUCCCUGUAUUAUUAUUUUCUUAAUUAUAUUGCAUAAUAAUGCACAAUGUGAACUCUGUAUGUAUGUGUGUGUGUGUGGAUUGUGCAGUUGUUCUGUAUAUACACUCUGUGAUGUUACAAUACUAUAAUAUAUAUUAU